GGAAAAUCGAUUAGUUACCCUCCGUCCGGAGAGAGCCAUGGCGUCGCUUUGCUCUGCGCUCGAUGCUCUAGGGUUUCAAUCUCCAACGAAGGCGUCUUCGGUACACGACACGCGCUCGAUUACGUGCUCUUCGUCUGUACGCCGUUCUUCGUCUCGCGUUGGGAUGGCUAGAAGAGCGAAGAAUCAUCUGCGCGUUGUGGCUAUGGCUCCCGAGGAAGAGAAGCUCACUCGUCGCAAUCCUCUUGAUUUCCCAAUCGAGUGGGAGAGACCUAAACCUGGGAGGAGGCCUGACAUUUUCCCAAAGUUUAGCCCGAUGAAGACACCAUUGCCACCGCCAAUGCCUUACGAUCCUCCAGCAGAAGACGAAGAAGAAGAGGAAGAGAAGAAAGAAGAGGAAGAAGAAAACCCUGACCAAGAAGAAGAUGAACAACCCGAGAAGCAGCAAUAG